AUGGCUGCCAUGGCUGCCAUGGCUGCCAUGUCCGAAGAGGCCGUGCAGGUUGCAGUACGCAUCCGGCCAUUCUUACCUCGUGAGCAGAUUCCUCAGUCUCGUGGCUAUGUGAUGCAAAUUCCUCUGGCAACGGGAGAAAGUUUCGUGAAGUCUCCAUUUGUUCACGAGGUACAAAGCGCGAAUGUGCUGAGACUGAAAGUGCUAACUACCCAGUUGGCUGGGCCACCACAAGAGGAGGACAAAGUUUUCUCCUUUGAUCAUUGCUUGUCUUCGGUCAAACCGAAUGACUCCAGAAGGGAUGAGCCGCAUGCUCCUCCCAUCACGCAGGAGCAAGUCUACGAGGCGAUCGGCCAAAAUCUUCUCUCCAAUGCGUUGGAAGGCUUCAAUUCGUGCUUGUUUGCCUAUGGACAGACUGGAAGCGGUAAAACCUACACAGUCUUAGGGCAUGAACGAGAUCCUGGUCUCAUUCCCAGAUUGUGCCAGAAUUUGUUCACGCAGGAGUACGAGGAGUUGCGGGUUUCCGCAUCAUUUCUUGAAAUUUACAACGAGCAGCUCAAGGACCUCUUGAACCCACAGAUGAAGGGCCGCAAGCCGCUGUAUGUGCACCAGCAUCCCCAGUUGGGAGUGUACGUUCCACACCCGACGGAGGCUCCUGUUGGCAGUCACGACGAGUGUAUGGCCCUUUUGGACUUUGGCUCCAAGAUCCGGGCCACUUCACAGACCAACAUGAACAGUACGUGUCGCUGGCGCACCAUUGGCGUUUUGGCGCUACAGGGCGCAUUCGAAGAACAUGAGGCAAUGUUCAAAAAGCUUCCUCAGCACCUCGUGGAUCAGUUUCGAGUGAUACAGGUGCGCAAGAUUGAGGAGUUGGACGCCUGCGAAGCCUUGGUCAUUCCAGGGGGCGAGUCCACGACCAUGAAGAUCAUCGCCGGAACCGACGAGUUCAUGGCAAAGCUGCGGGCAUACGUGCACGGAGGACCUGGUGCUGAUGGUGAGAAGCGAAAACCCAGACCGGUGUGGGGGACCUGCGCUGGCUGCAUCAUGCUCUCGGAGGAUGUGGUGAAUACCAUUGGACAAGGAGGACAGGAACAGCCCGCCAAGCGCUGCAAGUAUGGUGAUCCAGUGGGUGGCCUCGAUGUGGCCACCUGCCGAAACUUCUUUGGACGCCAGGCUCAAUCCUUCGAAGCCGCCGUAGUGGCUGGUGCCAAGGGCGAUGGGAAAGAUGCUGAGGCCCGCCGUGAGGCAUUCGACCAUUUCCCAGCAGGUGCUGGACGGUUUGGGGCUCAGCCACCAGCGAGUGAUGGCUACGCCUACGUAUCCCCGGAUGUGAGGACGGAUGGUGAACCUCCUGUACUUCCCAGUCCCAAAUGCGAGGAGAGGCGAAAGUAUGGCUCAACGGAUAGUGCUUUUGCUCGGCAGCUGCAGGAAUCCUUCGACAACGAAGUCGCAGAGAAGGAGGCAAAAGAGCGCUUUACCUGCCAGAUUUGUUUCGAGGAGUGGCGUUUAGAGAAUGGAGUGAGUCUUGAUUGCGGACAUCUUGGCUGCCGGGACUGCAUCUCCGGCUACCUGGAGGUGAAGAUCAGAGAAAAGUGCGUCUCAGAGCAGGAGCUCGUUUGUCCAAUGCCCAAGUGCGGAUGUCCCAUCAGCGAAUUCCAGGUCAUGGGGGUCUUUGAGGGUACCGAGCUUUGGGAUCGAUUCCUGUCCACCCGAGCAGAGCUCUACAGGCCCGAUGCCCCUGGUGAGCGAAAAGUCCAAUGCCCCUGCGGUGAAGUCAUCAUCGUUGCGUCUGCAGCCGAACAGGGCUUUGUGGCCUGUCCAUCCUGCAAGGAGCAGGUGUGCUUCAAGUGCCAAGAAAGACACUUUGGUGUCUCUUGCGCUGCGUACUGGCAAUGGCGGAAGGAUAACGAAAAAGUGGAUGAUGCCUUUGAAGAACUCAUGUCCAGCGAGGGUUGGUUGAGAUGUCCAGAAUGCGAUGCGCCUUGCUCGAGAUCCUUCGGAUGCAACUACAUGACAUGUGGCUCUGUAGCUUGCCGCAAUGCUGGAGGGACAAACUUUUGCUACAUUUGUGGGGUAAAGUUGCUGAACAAGACAGAGCAUUUCACCCACUAUCCGCAUGGUAUGUUCAGCGACUACUGUAUGAACAAGCCCAAGGCUUCUGGGGAGAAGAAGUACGACUUUUGGCUGGAGCUUUACAGGAUGAUGCAGGGCGUCGUGAGUCCCGAGCAAAAAUGA